CAUAACACGUCCAUUUACAGUCAGAUCCGUGUAAAGAGAAGCACCAGAGGACCACCAAAGGGUAUUGCAAGAUCGAAUCACCAGAAUUUAAAAGGAAGUGGAUAGCUGUUUUAAAAUCUUUUUGUUUUAUUUUUUUAUUUGAUAAAAGGGACGUUAUUUUCAACAAUAAGCAUCCACAAUGACUUUUACAAUGCUGAGGCCGAUGACAGCUCAUCUCAUCUAUCCAGACCUAAACGUGCUCUGUGAGGACGACGAGAACCGGAGUGAGAGUGACGGCAGCUCGGAUCAGAGCUACGGGUGCUGCGACAGCUCUGACAGUCGGCGGAGGGUCUCCCGAAAAUCAGGGGUCGGCAUCGGAGGAGUGGUCGUGUUCAAACAACGGAACGCCGCUAACGCCAGGGAGAGAGACCGGACCCAGAGCGUGAACUCGGCGUUCACCGCACUCCGGACCCUCAUCCCCACAGAGCCGGUGGACAGAAAGCUGUCCAAGAUAGAGACCCUGCGUCUGGCGUCCAGCUACAUUUCACACCUGGCAAAUGUGCUGUUGCUGGGAGACGGCAGCGAGGACGGGCAGCCCUGCUUGAGCGCGGUGUAUGGUGGUCAAGGGGACAUGGACGACAAACAACCGAGAACGAUCUGCACAUUUUGUCUCAGCAACCAGAGAAAAGGGGUGAAGCAGAGAGGAGUGAGUGGUUUGCGAAUGCACAGAUAGAAAGACUGUUUCUCUGCACAGACUUUUCCACUUGCACGUCCACAUCUCAGGGUCCAGCUGAAACACCCAGAGAGACAUUAAAUACAGGCAGGAAUGUGGGAAGAUGGAAAAUCCCAAGGAAAGGUGGAAAUAUUUAAUUUCAAAACAGUCCCACAAGUUGGGAUUCCAGAAGCGAAGCCUCUUUGAAAGAGAGAACAAGACCGAGACUCGACAGAGACAGACGCUUUGUACUUUAAUGCUGAGCAUAAAGUAUGUCAGAUAAUGGGAUGUUUUCAUUUUCUUUUAAAUAGAGAGAUUUAUUCUUUAUAAUUGUGUGUGAG